AAUCAAAUCCAGAAAAUCCAGCGAACAACAAGUUAUCAAACCUCAGUCGAAGGUUCACCAAGAUCGAGUGUUAUCGUGUGAAAGUUCCGGUUAUCCAAAUCACGAAGUAUGUCUAGAGUGCAGAAAUUUGUUUGGAUUUUGAUGCAGUUUUCGAUCGUGCUAUGUGAUUUCGAGUUUCCUAGCGUCAAACUCGAAGCCUUCGAACCUGAAGGUUUCAGAGUAACUGUUGGAGAGAUGGAUGAUAUAAAUGUGAUCGGCUUCCAUGCUAACAAAAAUAAACAAAUAGAUGACAUUGAACCUGGGGAAAUAAGCGUAGAUAUAAGGAGGCCAUCAGAGAAUGGAUGGUCAUAUUUCAAUCCUAAUCUGAAACUCGAGAUUGGUGAUAAAAUUUAUUAUUGGAUAUUUUUGCAGCAUCAAAAGUUCGGAUACAAAAAACCAAGACAAUCGUGGAUAGUUAAUGACCUUAUACCUCUCCGGGAUUUAAAUAAGACAAACUGUAGAAGGAGUAUAACGCAAAGAUUAGGACCAACACGAGUUUGUGAAAAAGAACUCAUUUUUGACAGUCUGUUCUUCGAUGGUAAAGUCAAUGAAAAACAUUGGAAAAUUGCGCAUUACAUACCUUCUUUUCCGGAUUUCGAAUUCUGUUCCUACCAGAAGAAGGAAGACAUUCUUUUCAUAAAAGAUCACAAUCUAGUCAUCAAACCUAUACCUGCUACAAAAUUAGAUGAAGUAAGUGGUACCUUGGAUUUGAGAGAAGGGUGUACUAGUCAUUCCGAAAAUGAUUGUAUUGCUUAUGAGGACAGUGGAUUCAUUCUACCACCGGUUAGAUCUGGAAAGAUGAAAACUAACGAAAAUUUUAAAUAUGGAACUGUCGAAAUAAAGGCGAAAUUACCAGUUGGUGAUUGGAUAUAUCCUGAAAUCUACUUGGAAUCAAGUACGAAUAAGAGUAAAAAAAUAUGGAUCGCCUAUGCAAGAGGCAAUCAGCAUCUUUACGGAAAUGGAGGGGAGGAUAUUGGGGGGACUCUUCUUUUUGGAGGGCCAAUGUUGACCUUCAACGAACCAGAUCGUAGCAAACAUUUGAGCUCCAGUAGAGGAAGAAGGCCAUUCAGUGAAAGUUUCCAUAAAUAUUCGGUUUUGUGGGAGCCUGAUCAGAUAUUGCUUUAUGUUGACGAGUUUCUCUAUGGGGAAAUCAAAAGAGACAUUGCAUCUCUUUUUAAUGAAACUAUGCACGUGGUGUUAGGUGUAGGAGUUGGUGGCCUAACAGACUUCCCUGAUUACUACGUGAGUACCAACAAUAAACGGAAACCUUGGAAAGAAACUGACAGACUGAUAAACAAAAAAUUUUUCAAAGCCAGAGAUGACUGGUUACCAACAUGGACGAACGACGGAAGCUCCCUUAAAGUAGAAUAUGUGAAGAUAUGGGCACUGGUCGUCGGCAGUGGCCGGUAUCAGCAUCUGCUUGUCUCCAGCAGGCAGAACCCUGACGAGCACUGGUAUGCCAGUCAGAGGUCUCAGCAGGGCGAACGGCGUUUGAUUGGACUGCAUUGCCAGUCGCAUGGCGUCGGUUCUGAUGGGAUCCACGAUUAUCGCGUUGGAGUACCUGCAUUGGGAGAAAUGUUAGAUAUUUCGCUUAGUCUUGUGCAUGCAAGGCUGUGUUUGUUUUCUACGAUGAUCUUGACAAAGACUCAUUUAACACUUACUGUGCUUGUGCUAGUGUUCGUUUGUUGCCAUUCCUUCGAUGUCCCUGAAGCGAAAUUUGAAAUCUUCAGGCCUAAAGGAUUUAAAGUAUCUAUCCCAGAUGUGGAUGGUAUCAAAUUAUUUGCAUUCCAUGCCAAACUCAACGAAGAGAUGAAUGGUAGGGAAGGUGGAACAUUUUCAAGAGAUAUCACUAAAGCGAAAAAUGGGAGAUGGACAUUUUCUGAUCCUUAUACUGUAUUGAACGUUGGGGAUACUCUUUAUUAUUGGACCUAUGUUGAUUACUUCGAUGGACGAAACAAAUUAGGCUAUACAAAUGAUGAUCGAGAAUUCACAGUUACAGCUAAAGAUAUCAUACAGAAACCAGGUACUUCAACUCGUAAACCACCUUUAGUCACUACAAAAACUCCAGAUUUUAUUGUCCAUUCUUCAACAAUUGAUCCUGUUGACAACUGCGAUGCAUCAAUAACAAAAUACAAUAAUGGAAUUAGGGCUUGUAAAGGGCAACCCAUAUUCUCUGAAGAUUUUAAUGAAUUAGAUAGUUCCAAAUGGACUCCAGAGGUUAAAUUUGCUGGAGAACCAGAUUAUGAAUUUGUCAUAUAUACAUCCAAGCCAGAAGUAUUGAAAGUUGCUGAUGGGCGUUUAUUAAUCAAACCUGUACUAUCUAGUUCUCUAUUUGGAAGAGACUUUGAAACCUCACCUGAAGUAUACAAUUUAGGUUCAAGUUGCACUGGUAAACUUGGAACAUCAGAUUGUUAUCAUCAAGCAUCUGAUUCUUAUUUAAUAAAACCACCUGUUGCUUCAGCCCAGAUAACUACUAAGUCAUCUUUCAAUUUUUUGUAUGGUAAAAUAGAAGUUAAAGCAAAAUUACCAAAAGGUGACUGGAUAUAUCCAGAGCUAUAUUUGAAUCCCAAAAAUGAAGAAUAUGGAGAAAAUUUCCAGUCAGGCCAAAUCCGAAUUGCUUUCUUGCCUGGAAAUUCAGAAUUUUCAAAAGUAGUUUAUGGGGGAUGCAUCUUGGGAACAUCUAACGGCGGUAGGACUUAUGGAAUGAAAACUAUUAGAAGAACAAAUAGUUGGUCUGAUGAUUUCCAUAGGUUUGGAGUAGAAUGGUCAAAUGAAAAAAUCACGUUGAGUGUCAACGACAAUAUCUAUGGCCAUAUUUACCCUCCACAAGGUGGAUUCGCUUCUUUGGAGUCACAACUUGGUUUGGAAAAUUGUGACAGGUGGAGAAACUCUCAUUCAGGAAUGGCACCAUUCGACAAGGAGAUGUACAUUACAAUCGGAGUUGGAGUUGGCGGAUAUAGUUUUCCUGAUGGAGAUAAUAAACCAUGGUCAAAUGACGAUCCAAAAAUGCAGAAGAAAUUUUACAAGAAGAAAUCUCAGUGGCAUAGCACUUGGAAUGAUAAAAGUGUACUAGAAGUUGAACAUGUUAAAGUAUAUGCUCUUUGAAAUCCAUUUCUAUAGAAAUUUGAUUAAUAUUGGAUUUUUAUAUGAAUAUUUAAAAUUAUAAAAAUGUUUUCGUUUGUGAGGCAGCUAAUUAUACAUUAUACUGUCUAGUGAA